AUAAAUCAGAAAAAGGAGUUUUAGUUGCAUAAAAUAAGUAUACUUAGACUGCAUAUCCAGUGCUCAAGCACUAUAGAGUAGGCUAGCAUCCGGAACAUCGCCAGACAGCCAUGAAUUUCGAGGAAGAAGACCAACUAGAGCUGCACUACUUGGCUGGCGGUAACAUUGUGGAACAUCCGCCCGUCUUUUCACCUGAUGGAAGAUUCAUCUUUGUGCGAUGCGGCCCAAAGGUUCAGGUCUAUGUGACCAGCACGGGCGAGCUAACCCGCGUCCUGGACGAUGCCACGGCGCCGCUGAUUAGCCUGGAGCUGGACCAGAAGCAGCCAGAGCUGCUCCUGGGCUGCACCAGCACAGGCAAAUUGCUGCGUUGGAACUGGCGGGCGGGCGUCCUCAAAACAAUGGUGCAUCUAAAAUUGGCAGAUUUUCAAGUCUUAACCUGCAACCUAUUGAAUCUGUACCGGGGCGGCGACACCGCCUGCGCCUUUGUGACAGUCAAGCGGAAGAGUGGCAAGCAGAUCGACUGGUUUGUGGUCAACACAAACACGGGAGAUAAAAUUGCGGUCAAAUGUGGCCUCAAAUUGAAACUGCGAACACCCGUAGUGGAUGUGGGAAAGGGCGAGUUCAAGUACAUAAUCUUGGCCCAGGGUUUCUAUGUGUAUUUUAUCAACUAUGAGACCUGGAACUUUUGUCGCUACAAGAACGCCAACCAGAACCCCAUUAGGUGUGUACGUAUAAGUCCCAGCGAGGAGGUGGUAGCCACGGCCGACUCAGUGGGACGAAUUUUUGUCUGGCGGCAGUUUGACAAGCAAGAAACCAUGACCAAUACCCUGUUCCAUUGGCAUCACACGGAGGUGACCAGCCUGGCCUUCUCACCAUCUGGUGCCACGCUCUACAGCGGUGGUCAUGAGACAGUGCUGGUCAAGUGGCCCUUGGACAGGCCCGAGGAGCGGAAAUACCUGCCGCGCAUGGCCAGCGCCAUACGCCAUAUUGUGGUGAGCGCUGACAAUGAGCAUGUACUCGUCUGCACCGAGGAUAAUGCCAUACAGCUGCUCGGAGGGAGCAAUAGCAUCAUCAAGUCUACGGUACAGCAUUUUACAUACGACGUAAAGGAUCAGACGGGCAGGAGCAAGUUCCCUUUGGGUUUGUGCCUCAAUCCACGUACCAAUACGUUGGUACUCAAUGGGAGAGCCGGACACUUGCAGUUCUAUUCGGCGUACACCAAGAAUUUGCUCUACAAUCUUCGCGUGGUGGACAAUAACAUACACAGCCAUGAGGAUAGCUUGAUUGUGUACAAUACGCGUGUGACACGUGCCGCAUUCAACAUCAAUUGGAUGGCCACUGGCGAGGUGUACAAUGAUUUGGAAAACUUUCCCGAAGUGCGUCUCAAGUUCUGGCAAUACAAUGAAAAGCUACAGAGCUACAUUCUCAACACGGACAUUAAUCUGCCGCAUGAGCAGGGCUUUAAGGCCAUCAUCUUCUCCAAUCAAUUCCAAGUGGACAAUUUGCGUUGCGCCACUGCGGGCAAGGAUAAUGUGAUCAAAGUGUGGGGCAUCACCGACUCGGAGAACAUCUACAGGCGCGGCAUUAUGUGGAGCUGCUUGGCCCAGACGAGCUACAGGAAUCUGCCCAUUGGUUCCAUUUGCUUCUCCCAAGAUGGUUCUCUGCUGGCCGUGGGUUAUGGCAACAUUUUGGCCCUCUACGAUGCCAGGAAUCCGACCCAGCCCCUACACUCUCUCAGCUGUCCGCCAGGUCUAGACGGUGUAUUGUCCAAGGCCCAGCUGCGUCUGGCAAAAACGACGCUGAAUGGAGCCCGCAACGAGAUCGUCCAACAGCGGCAGCAACUGUGGGCCAUCUUGAAGACACUGUGUAGCAGUGACGACAAGACGUUGGUGCAGCAAGCCAAGGAUCUGAUUAUGGGUACCCCAGUGAAAGGGAAUCAGGUGAAGGAGCUCGAGGCCGACAGCAAAGAGUCUGUGUUCACGCACAUCAUGAAAAUGUCCGAGCUGGCGCUCCACCAGAAACUGCAGCUGCUGCGACGCUUUGGAAUCGAGUGCAGUGUGCCCCCCGCCUGCCAGAAACAGCUGAUGGAGUACCUGCAGCGGUGUGUCGUGCGGCCAGAGUCAGCCAGAGUGCGUCUCAGGAAACUCGAUGCUCGAUUGCAUCGCCUGCACACGAGGCAUCGCUACAAGGCCAAGCAUCGGCUGGAUCAGCUAAGCAAGCGGCGACAGAGUUAUGAGCAUCUGGUGCAAACAGAUGUCUUGGCUCUGUUCAGCAUCCUCAAGCUGGAUGACAACACCAUACCGAAGCAGCCGCCGGCCAAGCGGAGGCAUCUGCACACGACACCACCCAAGAGAAUACCCUCCAAGGCGGCGCCCAUGCAGGGACUGGCACAGAUAUCGCAUGUGCAAUUUGGAGCUGGCGCUCAGGGGCAUCUGGUGGCAGUGUGCACGGAGUCGCGAGUGUUGAUUUGGAACCUGCUGACGCUGCGCCUCCAGGCGGGUCUCAAGCUAUCGGUGCGGCAAUUGGCCUUCGAUCCACUGACCAAUCUGAUCGCCGUCAUCACAAAAAGUGACGAAUUGCAUGUAUUCCAGCCGAAUGUACCGCUGCCGCUCUACCAGCGCAGGAAUCUGCCCAAAACCUAUGGCCUGGCCUGGCUGCCACGGCGCCAGCCGAAACAGAACUCCAUUAAUGUGGACUGGCAGGCGCAGUCCACUCUGCUGAUGCUCACCCAAACGCAGGAGAUUGCAUACCUGGCGGCGCCCGGCCAGAGUCCAACGGAUGAUGCCCCAGCACCGAUCAGCUUUGCCCAGACGCCCGCCGUCACCGAGAACCUGCUAACGCAUGCAACCUUUGGUAUUCAUGUGAGGCAACAAAAGAAGGAACUGGAGGCCCUCGAGACCACUAGUGGGCCCCUGAUAGUGGGUCGGGGCGAGCAUAGUGCCGUCAGUGCGUUUGUCAAUCUGUCCGCCCACACGAUGCCUGCCAUGAGCCUGAUCUGCGGCGAGUUUGUCAAGUCGCUGCUGAUUCCGGCGGACGCAACCUCGCGGGUUACCGCUGCUGCAGCAGCAGCAGAGACCAAUGGUGCCACCAUCAAUGGCAACGGACUGUCCCACGAGGACAGCGACGUAGAAGAUGAAAACGAUGCCCAGCAAGAAGCCACUUUAAUAGUCCGCAAGGCAUUGCUGGAGCGGAAUGCCGAGCUGGAGGAGGAGCUGCAGCCCCUGGGAACGGAUUUGGUGGACCAACAGGCCCUUGACCAUCGAUUGAAGCUCAUCACGGGGCUGAAAAAACAAUUGAGGUUAUCAAUUUAGACAAAAUCCCUAUAUAGUUGUUUAAAAAAAAAUUCUAUAAAGUUUUUCUAUAUUUUUUUAGGGCAAAACGAUUAUUGAUAUAAUACAAAAGUCAUUUGUGCACAAAGGAA